AUGAAUGGCCGCAAUGCGCCUCUCUCACCUGUCUCUCUAGGUGGCGGAAGUGAAUGGUCUGUUGGCAAAUACCAAUCCAUCAACGAAGAUCCGUACGCAAACAACCGUAGCAACAUCGUCUCUCCCCCGAAUUCCGGAGGCUCAAACGGCGCCAUGAAUGGCGGUUUCCCUCCCGGCCCGCGAAGCGCUGGCGGGCCCUCACCGCCGCCCUCUGUCGGCCGCUCCAGCAGCGGCACAAACAUGUACGCCAGAAGUGAGAGCGGAAGGAGUAUCCGCGAAGAGCAAGCCGAGGGCAUCCUUGGCGAACACUAUGUUGCCCUGAAGAACUUUUUGAAUGGCGGCCAAGGAGGCCGUCCUACGCCCCCUAACAAGGCACGCGACAAGCUGCUGCGACUGUCUUCUGUCCAGUUUCUCGAACUCAGUACUGAUGUUUUCGAUGAGCUGAUGCGAAGACAAUCUCUCGGCCGAAGGCCCUCGGGCCCUGGGUCCCAACCCCCUCCCCCUUACCUGAUGCCCGAAUCCAACUUCCACCCGAAACGUAACCAGGCGAGACAAAAGCUGUCUUCCCUCGGCCCUCCCCGAUUUCGCGAUCUCGCGACCGACGUCUACUGCGAACUAGAGAGGAGGUUUCCCCGCUUUGCUGCUGGAGAUAUGCCCAGAGUGGGUAGCCCCGUAUCGGUCCGUUCGCAAGCGACCGUGAAUGGUGGUUACCCGCCGAGGAGCCAAAGUAGGAGUCAGAGUCGGACGAGACGGCCCUCCGAUGCCAGCUCAAUGCGAGGAGGACCGCCCCGGGGCGAUCCUUAUGGUGUGCCUCCGUCGCCGGGCUUGCCUCCGGGAGGCGAGUAUAACCGGCCAAUGCAGAAGCAAUUCCAGAGCAACACGAUUGUGCCGAACAAGAGUACAAUGGUGGAAGAAGAUGACGAUGCGAGCCCAAAUGAGGACGGCGACGAGGCUUUUGGUCUGGAGCGCACGGCAACAAACCGCACGAGUAAGAGGAGCCAGGCCACGGAGCAAAGUGCGGUAGCAUCAGAGGCCGACAAGAAGCUUUUAGACGAAUAUCAAUCUCAGGUCCGAGAGCUACGGGAAAAGCUCGACGCAAUGGAAGACGUCAUGAAGAAGAAGGACGAUGAAAUGAACAGCAUCCUUGACGGCGAAAGAUCACGAUCGACGGCUGUCAAUAUGGAAAAGAAGGAGUUUGCCGAUCUCCGACUCAGCCUUGAGAAUAAGCUCGCUGAGGCUCAGGACGUGAACGACAACUUAAGACAAGAGUUGGACCGCAUGAGAGACGAGCAUGCCAACGAAUCCAGGCAGCUCAGAGAGCAGGUCGACGACCUGCGGCAAUCCAACAUGACCGCCGCUGCGAACGUCAGCUCCGGAAACGCCGACCGGGAACUGCAGCGGGAAAACGAGCAGCUGCGCAGAUCCUUGCAAGAGCAACAACAGGUUACGGAGGAGGCUCGUCGCGAGGCUCGUGAGUUUUUGCGCGAGAUGAAGAUGCUAUCGCAACAAAGUGGAUCUUCCUGGCAAAAGCAAGAAGAGUUGGAGAAGACUAUCGACCAGCUCGAAGGCGAAGUUCGCGAGUGGCGGAACCGAUACGCUCGCACCAAGACGCAACUUCGCGACAUGCGCGCUGCUUCACUCGGGUUGAAUGUUGAGCAGGAUGCGGCCAAAUACGUGCGCGAGAAGGGAUUCCUGCAGCAGAACGGAGCAGUCAAGGACGUUCACGUUACCAAGUUCCAGAUUGCCAUUGACGAGCUUCUGCAGAGAGCUCGGUCAGACGACCCCGACAAGGUCGUUGACUCUAUGAAGCAGGUCGUUGUCAGCGUUCGCCGGAUUACUAAGGACAUCGACGAAGCAGCGCAAACCAACGAGGAGCUGAUGCAGCAGCGAUCGAAGCUCAAGGGCAAGAUUUCCUCCUCUGCCAACAAUCUUAUUACCUCGUCCAAGAACUUUGCUGCUUCGGGUGGCAUUUCGCCCGUAUCAUUGCUCGACGCCGCCGCUUCUCACCUAGUUGCCGCCAUCGUCGACCUCCUUCGAGCUGUCAAGAUUCGCAAUACUCCCGAUGGCGAGCUCGAGGACGACGAUGAUGGCACUAUUACGCCUGUGGACUCCACUGGAUUCUUCUCCCCGAGGACUGCCUCCAGACAAGAAUCAAUGAUCCAGGAUUCAGUUCCUGCGCCAUUGCCAUUGGGACAGGCACCCCCGCCCUUCCAGGGUCUUGGUGGCAGAGCCAGCAUGGACUCCUCGGCCUACAGCCCCAUCAAUUCCCCUCGUCAAUCCGCCGACACCUACAACCGAGGACCUAACGGCAUGAAUGGGAUGAAUGGCAUGGGCUACAAGAACGGCCCCACCAAUGGGUACGGCAUGCGCCAAGAUAACCAGGCAGAGGAGCUCAAGGUCUACCUCGACGAUCAGACCGCUAUCCUGGUUCAGAACAUCCAGAAUCUCGUCGGCUCCAUCCGAAGCGAUGCCUCUAUCAACCAAAUUACGUCCGAGAUCAACGGCAUCACCGAAGUGGUCGGAAAGGUUAUUUCUGAGACGGAGGCUUCUGGCAACGGCGCCAUGAUCGCUCGCCUGGCCGCCUGCCGCGAGAGACUUCUUGAGGCCAGCGAACGGGGCCUGGACAUCGACCGUGGUCAGGACGUUGGUGCUACAGGACGCAACGAUCGCGAGUGGCGCAUGUGGACGCAGACCCUGCCUCCCAUCGCCUUCGAGAUCGCCAGGGAGACCAAGGAGUUGGUCCAGCGAGUUGACCAACUGGUUAUGAAUGGAGGCGACGACUUCUCCUAA